AUGAACGCCUCAUUUGGAGUUCUUGCUCUUUUGGCCAUUCUUGGCAUGGCUUCUGCCAUGUUUGUGCCUCCAUUCUACCACGGACCUGACAACUAUCACCACGACAACCAUCAUCAGUAUGAUUCUCGUGGAUUCGAGCAUCACGGAGGCCAUCACGGUCGCUUCAAGCGCGGAUACGGAUAUGGUGGCGGUAUGGGAGGUGGAUACGGUGGAAUGGGUGGAGGAUUUGGAGGUGGAAUGGGCGGCAUGGGCGGAAUGGGAGGCGGAAUGAGUGGAAUGGGAGGCGGCCAGAUGGGCGGCCAAUUCCCCGGCAUCAUGCAGUCGAACCAAAACAGCUGGGGCUCCUUCAGCUCGUCCCGCCAAGGCGGAUUCAACAACCAGGAAUCGGCGCUGAUCAUGGGC